AUGUCUAGUGCGUGGAAACAGACUCACCGAAUGAAGAGGCUAGCUGUGGGUCCAAUGACAACUCCUGAGUAUCAUGAAUGGUGGGCUAGAAAGAUUAAUGAUAAUACACCUAAGCUAAAUCAGGAAGACAGCCAGUCAAUAAAAGAGCAUUUGCGAGUCAUUCCUUCUGAGUUGGAAAUCAUAAGGCAAGAUUUUGAGAGGAGAAAUGCGGAUUUAGAGAAAAAGAUAGAGCAAAUAGAGGCGAAAAAGACGAACUUAAGAUUGGAUAUAGACGUUCAGAAGCUUGAAAAUGAAAAGUUAAAGAAAGAGAAAAACAAGGCUGAGGAAGAGCUGAGUAGUCUGAAGACAGAUUAUAAAAAAUCGUUUGUCAAUCGAGCUAUUGGCAAUGAGAAAGACUUGAAACGAUGGCGGUAA